AUGGAAUGGACAAUCUUAAAACAACUCACUUACCUCUCAAAGUCGAUCAAGAAGAAAUCGGCACCCCACAACAAGCUCGUACAGUUGUUGACCAACGUCAAAGCGAUGUUUCGUGAUCGGUUGGGGUUUGGAAUCAUGCUUGACGUUGACGUCAUCUCGUGCAAGUCACUCAAGACCACCGCGACCAACAUCGACCUCAGGAAAUUCGAUUGCCUGCUAGUGGCCAUCGCGCUGCUCGCACAGCACCCGUCCUUCGCGGAUGGGGUGCUCGCAAUGGAAUGGACGAUUCAACAAAAGCUCACCUACCUUUCGAGGUCGAUCAAGAAGGAAUCGGCCCCCCACAAAAAGCUCGUGCAGUUGUUGAGCAACGUCAAAGGGAUGUUUCGUGAUCGGUUGGUGUGUAUAGACGACGUCAAGCAUGAUUCCAAACCCCAACCGAUCACGAAACAACGCUUUGACGUUGCUCAACAACUGCAUUUUCAACAACUGCAUUUUGUAUUUUGUGGGGGGCCGAUUUCUUCUUGA